GCUGUUCACUAUAUUGCACUGUGCUCCGUUGUCGGGAAGAGUAGCAUAGUUCUUCAGAUACCUCGUCAUUCUACAUUCUCCAGUAACAUAGCAUUCGUGGAAUAUUAUCAAUAUUUCUGGACAAAUCUUUUUCACUUCUGCACUAUGCUCCGUUGUCAUGAAGAGUUCCUUACUUGUUGAUAUAAUAUCAUCUGACUGACAUUUUACAUUCCUCGGUAACUUUGCUUUCCGGGAUCAUUCUGUAUUCUCAAUAGUUUCGAUCAAAUUUUAUUAGUUUUGUUUGAAAGUUCGGUAUCUGUGGUUAUUUUGUUAUCAUUCCUUGGUGGCUUAUUCUGUAAUCGACAAAUAAAUAAGUGAACUACGAAUGGAUAUCAGUGGUAUUGUACUUGUAUCUUUAGAACUGUCUGUUAUGAAUUAAAGUCACAAUAUCUACAAGGAUAAAAGUUCUAUUAUUCUUUAUGGUAUUUUGUUCGAUACUGUAUGUCAUCUGUUUUAAACAUGAACAAUUGAAUAUUAGGAAUUAUAACGAUUGAUUUUAGUUGGAAAAUGUAGAAGAUACUUCAAAGUUGAUGUUCAGAGAUUUUUGUAUAUUUCUGAAAUGGGUUUGUUGUGGUGCCAGUGAAUAGUGUUGUGAACAGUACAGUUCUUAAUGUAUCCAACAAAGAAACAUGUAACAUUCUUUUCGUAUGAGAAGUUAAUCAUGGAGACUCUGGAUAGAUAUUCCAAGUCGGAACAGAGACAAUUAUCGGGAAGGUGGAUGCGAUACCUGAGUUAUGGCGCGAACACGCAGAUGGACAACGACGUGACGCCGGUCUACCUGGCGGCGCAGGAAGGCCACCUGGAGGUGCUCAAGUUCCUGGUGGUGGAAGCGGGGGGCUCCCUCUAUGUCCGCGCCAAGGAUGGCAUGGCGCCGCUCCACGCCGCCGCUCAGAUGGGCUGUCUCUCCUGUCUCAAGUGGAUGGUGCAAGACCAAGGCGUGGACCCUAAUCUGAAAGACGGAGACGGCGCGUCGGCGCUGCAUUUUGCCGCCAGCCGCGGCCACCUUGACUGCGUCCGCUGGCUGCUCAGGCAUGGUGCCAAACUCACCACCGACAAAUUCGGCAAAAGUCCUAUCAACGACGCCGCCGAGAACCAACAGAUGGAGUGUUUGAACGUUCUAGUACAACAUGGCACGACACCGGACUACCAUGAUGCCACACAGGGCAGAUUGCACGGCUGCACUUGCCGGAAAGGCGAUCCUCACGAUCGGUGCUCGUACGCAGACUGCGUCAACUACACAGCGAGCGGUCGCGAACCGUUCUAUCUGCAUCUUCCCUCUUCCACGACCACCCUGUCCAGCUGUGGUGGCGGCACUGUCAAAAAGGACCAGCCCACACCGCACGGAGGCCUACUGCAUCAGGACGGCCUCUACAUCAAUCCGCUCCUGACGCAUCACGGCAGCAACUCGUCAGCCGCUGACUACCUGACGCCGAUCCAACGUCGGAGCGGCGCCGGAAGCGACCCAUUCUUCCUGCACGACCCGGCCGCCGACGUCGGACCAACCUACCACCGCGUCAAGGACCUUUUCGGCGCCAAAAGUGGCAACGCUGCUGUCCAGCAUCAUGCCAAAAGUGGCAACGCUGCAGUUUGUAACAACAUGAUGACGUCACUGUCUUCCUCGUCGUCAUCUACGUCAUCAUCGCCACCACCUCCUCCCCCUCCACCACUGCCAAACACGUUGACGGGGCUCACUGUUAAAGUAGAGGUGCACAGUAGCAGCUCCGGAGCGGGCAGCGACGAGAAUCUGAGUCGCUCGAGCGGGGUGGGAGGGGCAGAGGGUGACGUGGAGGGGGGGGACGAUCACGACUAUGAGGACAUCUACAUGGUGCGCGAACAGGCGACUGACUCGGCACGGCAUGUCGGCGACUCGUCACGUCACGUCAGUCAGAAGACGUCGCGCAGUCGCAGUCGAGACUCGGGCAGUCACAGUCGGUCCAGCUCCACUUCUAGCGGCCAUCUGCUAGUGCAAAUAUCCCCCAACCACCCUGUCGACGCGUUGCAUGAUGAUAGUGCUGUAUCCCCAGAAUCAGGAGUAUCAAGUGCGUCUCCGUCAGACCUCGGCCACUCGGAAGAGGAAGGCGAGAAGACCACCCCCACCCCCACUCCGCCUCCUCUGCACAAGUCUAAAGUGCACCAUACACACUCACUGCCUUACCAUCAACACAAUAACAGCAGAGCACUGAAAAGGGUAGUCUCCGAGCCGGGGGCGGCAGUCUGUCCCCCACCCCCGCCACCACCACCUCCCGAUCAGCUGUUGUCCCCCCCUCCGCCACCAUCAUCGUCGUCGACCGGAGGCGAAGACGUCAGCAGCCUGGAAAGCGGUGGUUCGGAAUCCACCCCCAGUUCAACAUCGUCUGUCAACCGUGGUGCACAGGUGCAGAGGUCGCAUAGUACUAGCAGCUCUGGUGUACGUGUGGCAGCAGUACCGUCAGAUGCGUCGGCGCAUGUGCAGAAAGAAGACUCGCAAUCAGCUGGUCCUCACCUGGUCAACAAACAGAUGGUGUUGCCUUUCAUUCCGCCCAAAUUCCCCCCAACGAACUCUGGUGGCAGUUCAGACGCACUAAUCAAGCCGUCCGAAUAUCUGCGCAGUAUCCAUGGCGCAUUGCCUUCUGCGCAGGCGCAGCCGGUCAAGGUCAAAACCGAGUCAGCUGCAACAGUCAAGGUCACGUCCGCGUCAGUCGAUUGCCAGCUGCCCGAACGAGUGGAUCCCCCAGCCAAAGACUCCACCUCCGUGGGUCCACCCCCGCCCCCUUUACCACCAGUGCUGCCUCCGGAAGGCGGCGGCUCUUCUACCGCCUCCCGCGCGCCGCAUCAGCAGCCUCUCUCUACCAUAAGCAUUCAGGACUUGAACAGCGUGCAGUUGAGGUGUACCGAAAAGAAGAAGCUGGCUGCCAAGACAAUGUCAGCACCUCUCAAAUCUCAGCACAAUGGUACGCCAGAACUGCCAUUCCAAGCUCAAAAAGAAGAUUUGAUUGCUGAACUGAAACUGUCGAAAAGCAUAACUGGCAUCAAGAAGCUGAAGGUGGAAAGGGUCAAGCAGGAGGAGAAGCAGGAGAAAGAGCUUGUCACUGAAAUUGUUAAAACACUAUCUGUUGAUAGUUUUGUUGAAAAGGUGCCCGAUAAAGAUUCGACGGGCAACCCAAUUCCACCAUGGAAACGACAAAUGCUGGCGAAGAAAGCAGCCGAAAAAGCGCGCAAAGAAAUGGAGGAGCAGCUGGCAAGGGAAGCUGAGGAGAAGAGAUUGCAGUCCAUUCCUGCCUGGAAACGCCAGCUCUUACAAUCAAAGAAAAUUGAGACACCGAAUUAUGUAACCAGUCCUCGCGCAGAUGAUAAGAAGCCGCCAUCUUGCAUAAGCGCGCAUGCACCCGUGGCUAUAGUUAAAGCUAUAACUCCGCAAACCCCAGCCCUCAACGACAGCAACAAGGAGAACAGUAAGCCAGACAAUCAGAGUGCGAACGACACGUCAAAAGGAAAGGCUGAUGAAAACGAAGCGGGAGGUGUAAGGGAGGAAGAGCAAGAGGAGGAAGAGAGCACUCAGAUAAUUCCAUGGAGAGCACAAUUGAGGAAGACUAACAGCACGCUCAAUUUGUUGGAAUGAUCGUGUCGAAAGAGAAUGAUUUUUUUUGUUAAUAUUUGGAGGGAAUUGAAUGAAAGACGAAAAAGAGUAUAAUACAAGAACUUUUACGUGUCCGUCAAAAUAUGUGCCUUAGAGUGUAAUAAUCAAAUUGACUUGACUAAGAUUAGGAUAAAAUGUUUUUGAGAUAAUAUUGUCUUGAACUGGAAGAAUUGGUCGUGAGACCGUCUAUAAACGGUUGAAAUAUGUGACGAUGUUCACAAAUCGAUAUAUUUAUGCUGUACAGUAUAUUCGUUCAUUCCAAAUGUCUUCGAUCUUCUUUUAGUUUUCUCUAAAGGUGCUGCUGCUGGACUGUACUAAUAAUUGACGAACUGAUUAAAUAAUAAAAUCAAUUCAUUCGGAGAGGACUGCUUCUAGAGGAUCUAAUUUUCAAGAUCUCUUAGUUAUGGACACACAGAAAGUAUUUGAAAAACUUCUACCUAUAAAAAGGAAUGUACAUAUUGUACCUAGUUAUUAAUCGAUUCAUUAUAUACCAUAUUUUUGUAGUUUCUGUUCACUAUUUUGCAAUUCAAUUAUUCAUGAUUUGAUGUGAUAAUCUUGAUCAGAAUGGUACAUCUGAAGACCUACCUCAAGGUGACUGGAUUAAGGAUGUGACUCUUUGCCGAAUUUUCUAGACAAACGUUAAGGUUUUACUUUGAGGCAGACCUCCGGAUGUACCGGUGUGUGAGGAACCACUUUUAGACGACCAGUUCUAUUUUUUAUAACUUCAAUAGAAUUUGAUAACAAUAAUAAAUUUUAAAUUCAAGAAUAAAAAGCGCCUGGAGAAUUCAUAUGUAGACUAUUUGAUAUAUUUGUGACAUAGAUAUUAUUUGAUAUAAUAAGGUUUCCUACAAUACAAUAUCAUGCUUUCAUACAUCAAUAUUAUAUUAAAAGCUGAAAAUCAUUAUGUUUUACAAAAACAAAACCUACCUACUAAAAUUAAUAAUAUUUUUUAGUAGAUCCUUUUCUAAUUAUUCAUGAUCAUUUAGGCUACUACAAAAUUCUUUAUCAUAAAUUUAUUUUUGAUAGACUAUACUUGAAAACUUUCCUUGUUGGAAUUUUAUAUUGAAUUAUGCAUACUAUAAAUAAGUAUUUUUUAUUGCUCAUUAUCUCUUGUCAAUUGUAUCACCUAAGGUACAGUAAACUAUAAGUGUAUUAUGAAACUCAGUUAUUUUAUAUGCAGUUUGAAUCACCUAGUAUUAUUAUUAUCAUUCCAGGUUAUAUUUUUUAAUCUAUUUACUGCUUCAAUUGAAUUUUAUGUGUAGCUGUAGAAUAAGUGAACAUUUGUUCUGUUCAUACAAAUCAAUAGCUAAUUAUUUUAUAAUUUCAGACGUCCAGAACAAAAUAAUAUAAAUCAUAACUGAAUAUUUCCAUUCCCAAUAAUUUUGAAGGUUUGAUGAAUUUUUGAAUUGAGAAUACGAAUGAAAUAAAUGUUUUUAUCAAUAUCCAGCUCUAAUAUCUCACUUGGGAAGUAUUGUUUCAGAAUACUUCCGAUGUCCUUACCGAUGAACUUUUAAAUAAUGAGUUAUAGUAGUAUUUUGCGUCCAUAUAUUGAUAAUAAGAAACACAUUUUAUAAGUAUAGGAUCUUCUCUCCCAAAUGAUAAAUAACUUUUGUUUGAUGUUAAUUGUUUCUCAAUGAAGUUGUUCAAGUUCUAAUCACUAUUCCAGAAUUAUUCUUGUAUUUCUUUAAAGUCGUCAAACUCCAAUUUCGAAAAUAGAUCACAUACAAAAAUCAACUAGGUAUAAUUGAAACAGUUAUUUUCGGGAAACUCAUCAUUUGUGCUAAACUUUAAAUAAGGAAUUCCUCUUAUAAUAACCGUAUUUUUGAAUGCAUUUUUUGAAGGAAUUACAUUAUAAAUAUCAAUUAUACUCUAUUAUUUAUUUAUACUAUUCUUGUGUUCUAGAAAGCAAAUGUCAUGUGCAAUAGUAAAUAUAAGUUUUUCAAGUAAA